CAUGGCCCCGAAACCCCACCCAAUGAGGAAGGACAAGCCGCAGGGAGAAAGACAGGCGGAGAGAAUACGGGCUUGGAUUUGUAUUAAACAAGAGAGGUGUUUGAGCGUCGUAGAUAAAAACAACGCACGGAAGUAACAGUUUCAAUACUGGUAUUGGUGUUCCUCUAACUGUGCGAUACGAGUGAGGAGGCUGUAUAUAGCUGAUAUCUGUUAUUUGUAACAAGCCACUUUUCCAAAAUGAUCGCCUUGUUUAACAAGCUCCUGGACUGGUUUAAAGCGCUGUUCUGGAAAGAAGAAAUGGAACUGACUCUUGUGGGGCUCCAGUAUUCAGGGAAGACCACCUUCGUGAACGUGAUUGCGUCUGGGCAGUUCAGUGAGGACAUGAUCCCCACGGUGGGGUUCAACAUGAGGAAGAUCACCAAGGGAAACGUCACCAUCAAGCUGUGGGACAUUGGCGGGCAGCCUCGAUUCCGGAGCAUGUGGGAGCGAUACUGUCGUGGAGUCAGCGCCAUUGUGUACAUGGUGGAUGCCGCUGACCCGGAGAAGAUCGAGGCCUCCAAGAAUGAACUGCACAACCUGUUAGACAAACCCCAGCUCCAGGGGAUCCCAGUCCUUGUUCUGGGCAAUAAGAGGGAUCUUCCUGGUGCCUUGGAUGAGAAGGAACUGAUCGAGAGAAUGAAUUUAUCGGCAAUUCAGGACCGAGAGAUUUGCUGUUACUCCAUCUCCUGCAAGGAAAAGGAUAACAUUGAUAUCACACUACAGUGGCUGAUCCAGCACUCCAGAACAAGGCGGACCUCUUGAAAACCAGACCCUGAUCACAUCACCCUGACGACAUUACCCUGAGAUGUCUCCCUGUUCAUCCAGAGUCUCUACCCCCACCUCCCUCUCCCACCCACCACCCUGCCCAACCCCUCCCCCCCCCCAUUCUCUUCUCUUUAUGAUGGUGUGAAGACCAUUAUUUGCAAUAUUUCAGUACUUUUUAUUUUAUACUUUACUUUUUUUUCUUUUUAUUUGUGACUUAUUGGAACUGGAUAACCUGAUGCUUGCCAAUCACUGGUGCAAUGACGUUGUUUUCAUGCAUUUGUAACUCCGGUACAGAAGUCCCCCCAAAGUAAAUCUGUGUAGGGGACAUAGCCUCUUCUGCUGCUCACAUAGACACAAUAAAGCAGUGCGCAGUUCUGCAGUCCAGCUCUACCUGCAGAAUCACUGAGGACUGAGGAGUUGAACAUACAGCGAGGUCAGUAAGUAUUUGGACAGUGACAGUUUUAAAGGACUGUAGUUCCUACUCAGUGCACUCGAUAUGGGUGUACAUGCCCUCUAAUUAAAGUCUGCACUUCAAUUUGAGGAUAUUUACACCCACUUGCAUGGAGCGUGUGGGAAUUACAGUCCUUUAAAAGGAUGUCACUGUUCAAAUGCUUCCAGACCUUGUAGGGUCAAUCGUGGACACAAACUGUGUGCGUGCCAUCUCCUAAAGCAUUGAGUUAUUUAAGAGUUCAGGCUCUUCUGCCUGUCUGCAGUUUAUCACUUAAUUUAAUGUCAUAUUUCAGUGAUUUAUUUUUUUUCCUGUCUGACAUCCAUGGUAAGAACACACGAUUUUCCAUUCAGCUUUUUACUCCAGUGGUCAUCUGUAAAUCGUAAUCCAGUCCUUGCAUGGUGGAAAAGACGGCGACAUUUUAACCACAACUUACAGAGGCGUGUCUAUGACAUCAUUGAAAGCAACCAAUAGCAACGUGAUCUGGGAUGUAAAAACGGGGAUAGGAAUGACCUCCAUUUUGUUUGGAAACCAGAGAGGAGCUGUCCACCAAUCAUGGAGUAGAUUGGCGACCAAUGGAUGGUAACCGCUAGAUACCUUCUUGCUGUACUGUGUAGGUGCUGUAAUGGAUCGCAUUACAUUAGUUAUUUAGCAGACGCUUAAGUUAAGGGCCUCAUCAGCCCAACAGCUGCAUGGAUCUUAUCGUGGCCACACUGGGAGUUGAACCACCAACCUUCUGGGUAUCAGUCAUGUACUGUAGCCGCUCGGCUACAUGCUGCCCACAGGGUCAUAGGCUGAUAGGUUUAUUAUUAGCAACAUACUUUGUGAUUGGUGGAGCUUGUUUCCAUGCAAAAAAGUGACGGUGCAACACUCCUGUCCCUCUCAUUAUCCCUGAACCUUAUGAAGAACGGCUGAUUCAUAAUGAGGCGUUGUGCCAUGAAGGCCUAACACGUCAACAGACCUGUUUGUGCCGAAUCCUCCUCGCUCUUAAAACUUUCUCUUAAAGUGCUGAAAAAGCCAGACCAUGCUGCUGAUCUGCAGUCACUUUGCUAAUUGCUUGGUUGAAACCAAACCUUUGCAUUAACGUACAUUUGAAGGAAAGUCAAGUAAAUCAGAUAGAGCGCUUGGAUUGGGUGAAGGGCUGUGGACACUUCCUUAUUAAGAUACUUCGUAAACUGCAAUAGAAAAAUACAUUUCAUGCAGCGCAUAAUUAUCAUACUGCUGUAAAUUGGCUUUAUGUUAAAACAGGUAUGCAGGAAGUGGCAUAAUAGUUUUGCACCUUUAAAAAAAAAAAGCCCUUCAUCUUCUCCAUACUGAUAAAUAUGAUACAACUACAUAAUAUUUAAUAAUUAGCGUCCUACCCCUAAUUUAUAUUAAUAUUCUGGUUAAUUAUAGCUAUAUUUAAUUUAGCACUUUUUUCUUUUCUUUUUUUUUUACAUUAGCAAAUUUGCAGGAGUCUGAUGUAUUAAACUGUUUGGUUCACUUAAAAAUCUGUACACUAUUUUAAAACUGUAAAUGGCAGUUUCAUUCACAAAAACAAACUCAUAAUCAUAUGGCCGUUUUAAUAAUAUGUAAGCACUACUGCAGAAACCAUUUUUGCUUUGUAUUUUGGAUAAUGGUCAAGAAUCAUCUGCCAUGUUGAAUGUUGUCAGAACUUUCUUGUUUGUAUCUUUUGACAUGUUCACAUUUCUGUUUCCAUUCUGUGGGAAUGAAUUAGCAGUGCACAGAAUACAGAUAGAACUGUUGCAUCUAUGUUCUUGUCUAAAGGUAAAAUAUUUGUUGCCCAUAGAGCUUUCUUGUUGUUCAAAUAGAUAAGGCAAGUAUAUUUAAGUAUAACUUGUCUCAAAAAAAAAAAAACAAAAAAAAAAACAUAAUGUGGCAAAUCUUUUACAGCAACGUUGACUUUAUCGCAUUCACAUACAGUAUGUUCGCUGUUUGUAUAUAUCAUUGAUUUUUAACAUAAUGGAGGAUGAAGAAAUAUUGUAGGUUAAGUUUAUAUGUUUCCUAUUUUACUGCUUACAACAUGAAGGUUUUGACCUUCUGGACAGGUAGAUGUAAGUGUAUAUUUGUCCAGGUGGUCAGUGUUCCAUAACUUCACUCCUGGCAUUACCUGUAUGGGUCCAAUCAAGGCCAGCUCAUGAGCUGUGAGAUUUUGUAUAUACCUGUGAUAAUAAAUGAACAGUAAGUGUAUCUAAAUUGAGAUGAAUGUCGUAUAUUUUCCAUCUUAAAUGGCCAGCAUCCACUCAUAAAUCAUAAAGCAAUCCGAAUACUCUCUCUGGUCAUCGGUACCUAACCUGAAUGCAUUUCCAGAUGUCAAACGUGUCUUCAUCUUUGGGAUAAGAGCUCAUUUUUAGUGAACUAUGUUCAUUCACCUCUGAUUAGGUUUAUAGUGAGAUUUGUCUGUGUGUUGUUUGUUGACAACACUCAAGGUAGUUGGAACUGGUAAAGAACACCCUCCGAUUUUUUUCUGCUGCCUUUUAAUUCCACGUGUGAUCAUUCUUCUUUUUAAGCAUCUGACAUAUCCCAGAGAACAAACAAACUUUAUUUUAAUGGGUAAAGAAGAACAGUGUAUUACUAUCAUUAAAGUAAAUUUGUGUACAUUGUAAUUUUGUAUGUUUUAAAUACGUUCAUAAUUGUGUUUUUGAUGGGACUUUCCUGUAUAUAGCAACUAAAACCAAAUAGUGAAAGUUA